CGAUCCUUUCAUCAUUUCUCCGAAGCGAUUCGAUUCUUGGGAAACAAAGCAAUAGCAACCUCUCAUCCUAUCUACUUCCUUGGUGGAUCUCAAUUGCUUCACUCUUAUAUUUUCUACGAUUAACCAAGAUUUUUUUCUUAAAAAAUUGUCGAUAUGGCCGCUAAUGAUGCUCAGGCUUCAACCAACUACAAGGAGGCUUUCUCAUUAUUCGACAAGCGAGGCAACGGCCGCGUUGCCCUCGACAGCCUCGGCGACCUCCUGCGCGCUUGUGGCCAGAACCCUACCUUAGCCGAAAUCAGAGAUUUGGAGCGUAACGUUGGUGGUGACUUUGACUUCGAGACUUUCUCGAAAAUCCUGAACCGACCAGGUGGCUUCCGCGACCCCGGCGAGCCUGACGAAUACUGUCGCGGCUUUCAAGUUUUCGAUAAGGACAUGACUGGCUUUAUCGGUGUUGGUCAGCUCAAAUACAUCUUGACGAAUCUGGGAGAAAAGAUGACGGAUGAGGAGGUGGACGAGCUACUCAAGGCCGUCGACACCAGCUCAGGACAAGUCAACUAUACUGAACUUGUCCGAACCAUCCUAGCCAAUUAAGAUGAUUUCAUCCUCACGAGCAUUGAUGGAAGCUGGAGUUUAGAGGCGUAGAAAUUAUUACAUUCACCCACGACACUUCUCCUAAAAGAAGGAUAUCAAUACA